CUUUCGUGUCUCAAUCAGUGUGUACGUGUCAAUUGGCGACGAGGAUAUGGCAACGGGUAGACAUGGGAAGAUUAGUGAUUUUCGACCAGGAAUCGACAGUGUUGAAGACUGCAAAGAGAGGUUUCUACUCUACUGUGUAGCAAAUGACAUUUCAACGGACGGGGACAAGGGCAAGGCCGUUUUUCUUACAUUUAUCAGAGCUACAAAGUACAAUUUGUUGAAGACCCUAGUCCAUCCACAAAAGCCGCAAGACCUGAGUCUGGACGAAUUGCUCGACGCGCUACAGAAGCACUAUCAACCACGCAUAGUCGUGAUCGCAGAGCGCUAUCGUUUUUACAAGCGACAACAAAGGGAAGGAGAGUCGAUUGCAGUGUACCAGUCAGAAUUACGCAGGUUAGCAAAGGAUUGUCAGUUUGGUGAUUCUUUGAGUACAGCUCUCCACGAUCAGCUCGUCUGCGGUCUGUUUUCGGAGGCAUUGCAACAAGAUACUUACUAGCGGAGGCUGACCUAACCCUCGCAAGAGCUUUAGAGAUGGCUCAAGCUUUUGAGACAGCGACUCAGGAGACGCGUUUGUAACGUAGUGGUCAAGGAGGCCAAUUAUGCAGCAAUCAGAGACCACACAUGCCGUGAGAAAGGAAGCGACAGAUGGUUCUUUUCAGAGGAAGUGGCCUUCACAAGACCUCAAGGAAUGUUAUCGUUACGGAGGUACUGGUCAUCAUCCAGCGAACUGCAGGUUCAAAACCUAAUCCUGCCAUCACUGCAAAGGAAUAGGUCACAUUGCCAGAAUGUGCCGCAAGAAAAGGAGAGACGAGAGCACAAAGGCAGCAGACGUGCCAUCAGCCACGCCUUCUAAGCAGAAGGGAAAACCCUGCAGUACUCAUCAGAUUGAUCAAGAGGAAGAGAGUGUAUUGUUUUUGCUCACAAGCAAAGGCGGAGUGAUUGUAACAAUGAACAUAACGGGAAGUGACAUCGAUAUGGAGGUGGAUACGGGAGCGACAGUAACAGUGAUACCAACAGGAGUCUACCAGAGCUCAUUAAGUCAUGUGCAGUUAUCAUCGAGUUCUGUGCAUCUGCAAACGUACUGUGGCGAGUCGUUAGAAGUAUGAGGAGAAGCAGAUGUUCCAUUGAGGUAUGGCAAUCAGUUUGCUGUGCUAAAAAUAGUUGUUGUUGAUGUUAGCAACAAGCCUGAAAUUCUUGGAAGGAGCUGGUUGCAGGUGAUUCACAAGGAUUGGGGCUCAUUGUUUCAAGUCCAGGGAGAGAAUCGUCUUAAUCUAGUUGAGCGGUUUCCUGCACUAUUUGGUCCAGGAGUCGGUACCUUGGAGGGAAGUCAAGUCAGGAUAACACUGAAGGAGGGAGCUCAACCGAAGUUCUAUAGACCCCGUCCUGUACCGUACAUGUUACAAGAGAAAGUGGACAGUGGGCUGUCACGGUUGCAAAACAAGGACAUACUGAGACCUGUGGAAAGCAGUCAGUGGGCUGUGCCCAUAGUAGUGGUCCAGAAGGCAGAUGGGACUGUGCAUCUGUGUGGAGAUUACAAGGUGACAAGUAAUCCUUAUUUAGAGAGCAAUCCAUACCCUAUGUCUAACUCGGACGAUCUUUUUGCCACACUAGCAGGAGGAGCCAUAUUUUCAAGGCUGGAUAUGAAACAUGCUUACCAACAGUUGCAAGUGGAGCUGGACAGCCAAGAAUAUCUGACCGUGAAUACCAGUAAGGGGCUGUUCACUUACACUCGAAUGCCGUUUGGGAUCAGCACAGCACCCAGCAUCUGGCAGAGAGAAAUGGAUAGGAUUUUGGCAGGAGUUGCCGGAACAGUAUGCUACAUGGAUGAUAUCUUAGUCGUAGGAGAGAAUGAAUCACAGCAUGAUGAGAGACUCAUGGCAGUUUUACAGAAAUUGGCAAAGCGGGUCUAAAGCUCAAACAAGAGAAAUGUGAAUUCAACAAGUCACAAGUUGAAUAUUUGGGCCAUGUUAUCAGCAGCAGAGGCAUCCAACUGUCAGAGAGCAAGGUGGCAGCAAUUCGAGAUGCACCACCACCAACCAAUGUUACUGAAUUGAAGGCAUUUUUGGGUCUUCUCAGUUACUAUAGGAAGUUUCUGCGUAAUCUGAGUUCAGUAUUGGACCAUUGUAUGACUUGUUGCAGAAGCAGAGACAGUGGUCUUGGGGAACAAGACAGAUGAAAGCAUUUUUGGAAGCGAAACAGAAGCUGUUGCAGUCUGAUUUCUUAGUACACUACGACUUAAAGAAGCCUGUCAUUCUAUGCUGCGAUGCAUCACUAGCAGGAGUUGGAGCUUGCCUAUCACAUGUCAUGGCAGAUGGAACAGAAAGACCGAUAGCUUUCACGUCUAGAACUCUGUCUCAAGCGGAAGGAAAAUAUGCACAGUUGGAGAAAGAGGCACUGGCUCUUAUCUUUGGGGUGAGACAGUUUCACAAAUAUUUAAUUGGAAGACAGUUCACUUUAGUGACUGACCAUCCUUAUUACUACGGAUCUUAGGACCACAUGUUGGAGUCCCAACCUUGGCAGCAACACGUUUGCAGCGCUGGGCUCGUAUUUUGAGUGCAUAUGGUUAUGAAAUCCAGUAUAAGCCAGGCGUUGAGAAUAAGGAAGCUGAUUUGCUAUCCAGAUUGCCCAUCCCAGUAGAAGUCAUUGACCCAAAUGAACAGACGUUUAAUGUGGAUUACUGUGACGCAUUACCGGUCACUGCAGCAGAGAUUGCAAAAGAAACGCAGAGAGAUCAAAUCCUAAGGAGAGUUUAUCAGUAUACAAAAUGUGGUUGGGGACCCAAUGGCGAACCAGUCAUAGAGCAAUACAGGAGACGAGCGAGCAAGCUUUCGAUUGAGAACGAUUGCUUACUAUGGGCAAACCGUGUCAUCAUUCCAAGCAAGUUGAGAUCGUUGAUUCUGUCUGAGUUACACGAAGGGCACUAAGGAAUGAGUCGAAUGAAAUCAUUGGCCCGCAGCUAUGUAUGGUGGCUAAGCCUUGAUAAAGAGAUCAAGGAAGUAGUGAAGCAGUGUGAAGCUUGUCAAAGUCUGCAAAACAAACCGGCUCGGAUUGAUCCUCCACACCCUUGGAUUUAUCCUCAGAAGCCAUGGGAGAGAGUAAUAUGCUGACUAAACACAGACCAGUUGAGAGAGCGUGAUGGAAGAAGUUUUCCAGAGUACACAUGGGAACCUACAGGAGAUAUAUCUGUACGCACAAUGAACCAAGACAAUGGCAACAGCAAGCGAAAAGGACAAGAUCAAUCUGCAAAUGCAUCCACAAGCACAUCAUCAGGAUCCUCUAAAGAUAAUAACAGUGCACGAGACAACAUCACCGAGGCUACACCAAUGUCUCAGCAGUCUCACCAGAUACCACCGUCUACAACAGUUACUGAAGAGAGACAAUACCCUCUCUGUGAAAACAGAAAACCACCUGCAGGGUACAGACAAUCAUAAAGGGGGAGGAGUGGGAUAUAGUAUACUAAUUAGAUUAGCUACGAGACAAUACAUCUUUGUUAGUCUGUGUUUAGUCCGCGUAGUCUGUGUUGCGUUCAGUGUUCUGUGAGUAAUAGAUCUUCCG